UGUCCAGUGCACACCGGUUACCACGCGUAGCCAUAACAUCAAGACUUCUGCUAAACUGUUAAGAUACAUUACUGAUAUUGGACCCACAGAGCCGCGACAUCAUACAUUGCAUUCGUAGCCCGCUGGAAUAAGAGGAAAUCAAUAUUCCCCACCUCAUCUGCGAUCGGCUACGGAAUGACAGUUGCGUAUCCGUCGCACGGGUGUGACAUCUUUUGUGUCCUGUCACAUUUCACGCUUUACAAGUAGGCUGCGACCAGACGUAGUUUACCGGGGAUGGUAAGCCUAAAAGGUUCUUAGGGAAAACAAUUUUCAGAGUUCACCUUUAGUACAUAGGCUGCAUUUUUUUUUUACAAUUGCAGCCAAUGUUUGGGACUUACCGCUCUUUGCAUUACGACUAUCGAAUAUAUAGUUUUAGUUUCUCCUAAUAUAUUAGUUGGCAACCUCAGUUGAUCUAUUCUGUGCGUGUGAGCUCCAAAUGCAUUCAUUGCUGGAUCGUAAGAAGAUAGAAGCCGGGUUUGGGUUUGAUCUGUCUCCGAGCUCGUUGCCCCAAGCUGCGAGGAUGUUCAGCUGCGUGGGAUGCUUUUGGGUCCUCCUGUCGUCCGCUCUUGUCGCCGUGUGUAGUUUCAGUUUUAUAUCCCCUGCGUGGAUUGUGAAAGACCACCUGAAGAACAAGGAUUCGGUGAGCUUCGGCUUACUUUGGCACUGCUCGGAGUCUCUGGACCACAUGUACAGAUGCUACACGUUCGGAGGACUGGGGAAAUUCGCCGAGAUCCCAUCCAGCUCCUGGCAGACGAGCGCUGUGCUGUGUUCCGGUGGCUGUGCCCUCCUGGCGGUGAGCUCUCUGCUGGCCAUCAUCACCAUCUUCCUGCCUAGUGGAGGGUGUGAGAAGAGGCUCUGCACGCUGGCCGGGUACAUGCAGAUGGCUGCAGUGUUCAUCAUGGGCUCUGGACUGCUGGUGUACCCUUUCGGCCUCAACUCCUCCCUGGUGAGGUCCUACUGCGGGGACUCGGACAUCUACGAUGCCGGGGAGUGCCAGAUCGGAUGGGGCUACAUGCUGGCCAUCGUGGGCGUCAUGCUCACCCUGUUCCUGCCCUUCUUCGCCAAAUAUGCCCCCAAGGAGCAGCUGUCUCCCACCCCCCUGCCCACUCUCUUAUAGUGCAACACCAGACCCCUUGGUUCCAAGUGGACUUCACCACUGUUCCCUCUCUUUUUGCCCCUGUAUGAUGUCAUGAACUGAUCCUUGCUUUUCUAUUGGAUGCCCUUUGGAAAGCCCCUGUAGAUUUGUUUGUAUUACCUGAGUAUGAACAACAUGGCCAACUUUAAUGCGCCAUCUUUCUCUUAAAGAACCCUCUCUGACUGGCUAAAUUGGAUGAAAACUUUCUUAUUAUAACGUCAAACGUUAAAAAAAAUCCAUAUUGUUACCUGUAUGUCAUUUAAUUCAAAUAAUCAUCAUGUGAACUUUUUCCAGUUUAGACUUUGCAAUUAAAACAAAAAUGUUCACGCAAGGACUGACAGCAACAACCAGUGAUUCAACCAGAGGCUCCAGUGCAUCAACACACAUCCUCGCCGUGCAGUGAGCGAGCAUUCAGAAGACAUAGGGGUGAUUUAGGACUAUACUAAUGUUCUGAGUCUGUGUCAAUGUCAUACUGUCGGAGCGGUUGGCAAGAAAAACAUUCUGUGGUGGUCAGGGGGAGCUGUUUGCAUGAAAUAAGUGGGACGAGGAGAAUCUUUUCGACUCUGGAGACGGAGGACGGCAGGAGACAAGCUGAUGACAGAUUGCCACAUUCCUAAAUGCUCCCUUCAGUGGGUGAUGUCUGCUUCAAGGAUACUUAAACAGAAUUGCAAAAGGACUUGACAUUGACAGCAAGAGGGUCAAGAUGGAUUCAGACGUCACAGGACCGUGCACACUGAUGUGUUCCACGGUGGUGUAGUGGAGAGCUUGGAUUGUACAUAGUAUGUUCUUGACCGACUGAUUUAUUCCUUAGAGCCCCAAAUACCGCUUUGGAUACGAGGACACCAGAAGAUGGACGAACAUUACUGUGUACAAUACAGUAACUCUGGUAGGCUUGAAUCUGGUUCAUCAAUGGAUUCAAAGGACAGACCAUUUCUAUCUCAGUAAAAAAGAAUGCUAACACCCCCAGGGAAAUGGUUGCUGACAUGUUUGUCAAGAACACUGUGUCACAGUCAAUAGAGUUGUACCAUAGAUACAGCAUUUGACCUGCCUUCAUGACUCAAUUGAUAUAUUGUAUAGCAUUCUUUUUUCUGGGGCGGCUGUGGCUCAGGGGGUAGAGAGGGUUGUCUGUCAAUCGCAAGGUUGGCGGUUCGAUCCCCGACUCCUCCCAGGCCAUGUGCCGAAGUAUCCUUGAGCAAGACUCUGAACCCCAAGUUGCUCCCGAUGGGCAGGCCGGCGCCUUGCAUGGUAGCUCGCUGCCGUCGGUAUGUGUGAUUGAGAGAAUGGGUGAAUGAGAGGAAAACAUUGUAAAGCGCUUUGAGUGCCGCUAAGGUAGAAAAGCGCUAUAUAAAUGCAGUCCAUUUACCAUUUAUUGUCCUUUCUGCUUCAUAAAUAAUUGUCUUGAAGCAAUGGGAGAAUUUGUUGUCAGCACCUGCCUGGUCGUCGGUCAGCCAACGCUGGACCUGGUCGCGAGUCUCCCGGUCCUGUCCUACAUCUAUAAAGUUGAAUAAUGGAUUUUGGUGUUUUAAAAACCCAUCGACACUGUAUGACUAUGUUUAGCCUGUGUUCUGCUCCUCUCUCCCACCAACCGUCUCUGGAGGAGGGGAUCCCUCUCUGAAUUGCUCCUCCCAAGGUUUCUUCCAUUUUUUUUCUCCUGUUGAGUUUUUUGGGAGUUUUUCCUUGUCUUCCUUGAGGGUUUAGGUUGGUUGAGGGGCAGUUCUAUGGGCAUAUGUGAAGCCCUCUGUGACAUGCUUGCGUGUAAAAAGGGCUAUACAAAUAAAUUUGAUUUGAUUUGAUUUGGUUGAAAAUGUGUUGUUUGGGUGAUAUUGCAUUCUUGUGUCAACCAAUUCCUUGUGUUAAUAUGAUUGUCUUGUUAACCCAAUUCUUCAUUUGAUCUUUAUUUUUCCAGUUCACACUACUAUACCAUACAGACUAUUUCAGGACCUCAUAAAAUCAGGCAUUAGACAAGGAGACGAUAUAGCACCAUGCAAUGCAGAAUAAGUUGGGUUUAGUUAAUAGUAAAAAGUUGAUAACAAUGACAAAAUCUAAUCUGACCAUACCAACUUGUGCCUUUUCACAUUUAACCAAGACUACAAAGUUAGCUUCAAUACUAGUUUCAGAUUGCUAAACUGUUACUUCUGCUGAAAACUGUGGCUAUUGAUUUGUUUAGAUUUGCUUAUCUUUCCAGGGCAUUGGACCUGUUCUUUUUCUUUUCUUUACUUGGUAAACUUGGUGUUUAACUUUUCUGUCUACUUCAGAUUGGUCUUCUGUACGUGGUAUGAGCUCCUUGAACUUGCAUUACAUUCUGCAAGUUAAAAAGCCUGAUGCGCAUUAAGGUAAUACUGUCAGAAAGCUGUACUUGCGUUGAAUUAUGCCUCGACACGUUUGCCAAUUCUCAAGAGGUAAAUCAUUUUAAUCACGAAAUUAAAAGGUUGUGACAUGCAGUUAAUGCAUUAAUUCCUGGCAUCCCGACAAAGUGGGAUAGAGGACUUGAGUGGCAGAACUUAGGCCACAGUUAUCAGUGUUGAGUUGACACAUUAUCCUAGUAAUGUGUGAAGCAUGGCUAAAAAUAAUUACCUUUUGAGAUAAGCUAAUGGCUAAGUUUUAUUCUUCCAUCCCAUUCCUCUUAAAAUACUUUAUUCUUGUCAUGUUCCAAGGGCAAGUAGUAGUAUUCCUUCUCCGCUAUUCCGUGAAGUUAAUGAAUCUGGAUGUUUCUUUCCAAACCAUGUGUCUUUGUGUGUUAUCCAGAUGUUAGGCUGAAUUCCUUUUUUAUUAAUUGAUAAAAGGUCUCGCUAAAGGUAAAAAGUCAAAAAAUUGGAGAUUCUUGUCUUUAUGUUGCCACGUAAAAAAAAACAAGACAAAGGAAAGAAAUGUUGGUAUUGUAUAGGACUUCAUACUGUGCUUGAUUGUGUGAAUGACUGGGGCUAACUGACACUGACUUGCUCCCUAACAUGUUGAACCAUUGUGUGUCAAGUCUCAGCACUGGUGAAACUUUUGUAGAGUAGAAGUAUUGGGUUUUUCAUUGUGAUGUGUUGUAAAUAAACUAAUAACUGUUUGUCAGGUCACUUUCCAUUCUAAACUUUCCCCAUUUUUUAAAGAUAUAUUUUGAGAUAUUACCUCAUCAGUGUGUCUGUUUAACAUGAAACUACCCUCUUAACAAUGUUUGCUGUUGUGUGAAUUUCCUUUGUAAUAAAAUGUUUCAUAAAUUAA